AUGAAUAAUAAUGCUCUUGCAUAAAUCAGAAAAUUACAAACUGGGGAAAAUAGAUAUUGCUUUGAGUGUCAAAGUGGAAGUCCAACAUGGGCUAGUUUACCUUAUGGAAUUUAUCUUUGUUACAAUUGUUCAGGUUUUCACAGAGGGAUGGGUGUACAUCUUACAUUUGUUAGAUCAAUUGAAAUGGAUUCCUGGACUGAUAAAUAAUUGGCUAUGAUGCAUUUAGGUGGAAAUCAAUAAUUAAGAGUCUUUUUCUAAUAAUAUGGAAUUUAAAUUUCAGAUUAAAACAAAUGGAAAACAAAUGCUGCACAUUAUUAUAGAGAAAGAGUAAGCUUUAAUAAUUUAAAAUUAUUUAGAUGAAAGCAUUAGUUAAUGAAACACAAAUGCCUGAAGAACCUAUUGAUUGGACAGCACUACAAGAGAUCCCAAAACCAUAAAUAUAAUAAUAACAAUAAUAAACUUAAAUUUAACAAGAUAUCACUCCAGAAUAAAAUGUACUUCAUCGUUGCCUAUAAUAGUUCUGGGAAUAAGCAUCAAAAUCAACAAAAGAAGCGUUUGCAAUUAUUGAUGAGAAGAUAUCUAAAGUUCAAAUCAAAGAAGAGGCAGUUUAAUUUGGAUAAUAAAUUUCAGCAAAAACUAAAUAAUUUGGAGUAUAUUCUUAUUAUAACAAAUAGGAAAAAUCAACAAAGAUUGCAGAUAAGGCAUACAAGAGUUUAAAAAGUGGAUUUAAUGAAGCUUUUGGGUUUAUAAAAUCUAAGGCUGAUUAAGUAAUAGGAAAAGAAAAAUAAGCACAAUAAGAAUAAUCUUAAGAUUAGUAAUAAUAGUAAUAGUAAUAAUCAUAGUAAUAAUAAUAAUAAUAAUAAUAAUAAUAAUAAUAAUAAUAAUAAUAAGCUAAUUAUUUUUUUGAUAAUCAAUAAUAGUUUUAGAUCAACAGUUAAAAUUAACAACAAUAAAUUACAGUUAAUAAAAAUACUAAUUCUUAAGAUUUAUUUUCUUUUGAAAAUAAUAUUAAUUAAAAACCUUCUCAAGAAAACCAAAAUUAAUAAUAAUAAAUGAAUAUUAUGGAUUAUUCUGAUUAUUUCACAGAUGGUCCUUCUUCAGUUAUCAUUUAUGAAACUCCAAUCUAUAGUUAGUAAUAAAAAUAAUAAGAUAAUUUAAUUGA